AUGACGGAUAUAAGCAACAUUCAGCUGGGCAAUACGUCCAAUAUAGUGCUGUACGCUGACGAUAUUGGUCUUACAGUGGCAGCGGCGAGGCCCCGAACCGCACAUAGCGGAAUUGAGAUUUACCUUGACAGUCUUAAAGCGUGGGCUAAGGCAUACGAGCUGGAGUUCUCGCCGACUAAGAGUCAGUUACUCAGCCUGAAAGGAGGACUGAUGCCCGGUUACUCGGUCGGCUUUGGCUCGGGAGAAAACGACGCCAGGAUCGUGGCUGAAGUUACAGCAAAGUACCUGGGUGUCAUUCUAGACCCCAGAGAGAGCUUCUGGGACCAUGUGUCGUCCCUCAAGACUAAAUCAGAGGGCAUGUACCGCAGACUCAGGCAAAUGACGUCGGCAAAUUGGGGCAUGGGCCGAGCGGCAGCCAAAGUAAUUUACGAAGUGGUUUUCCUCCCACGUAUCACUUACGCGGCUGAAAUCUGGGCUGAAGGUGGGUGUACCCUAAAGAAAAGCAUAGCAGCCCUUGGAAGCAUGCAGAGAGAACCGCUCAGGGCAAUCACUAGCAGCUAUAAGACUGCGUCAACUAACUGCCUCUCGGUCGUGGCGGGUGUACUCCCACUCGACCUUGAGGUCAGGAGGGUAGAGCAGAAAUGUAGGAUACGAGCCGGCGGGAUAACUAGCGAAGAGUAUAACUUAGGACUCAGUGCACUCAUGGAGGAGUGGCUGGUCAGAUACGACGCAGUCGACAAGGGAGAAUGGACCAAGUUCAUGAUCCCAGACGUCGCUAGACGAUGCGGGCUGACACUGGAGUUAGACCACUAUACGACACAGUUCCUUACCGGACAUAGAGACUUCCGAAGCAAGCUCUACAGUUUCAAGCUCCAGCCCAACCCCAACUGCGUCUGCGGUAAUGGGGCAGAGACAGUCAGGCAUGUACUCCUAACAUGCACAAGAACGCGAGGGUUCCGUGAAAAACUAAUAGCCGCGAUGACGGAAGAAGGGGUGGCUUGGCCCCCGGAAAGUGGAGCCUUCCUCAGUACAAGGAAAACAUACGAAGCACUUAAAAGGUUCAGUAAAAACAGUCUGCAGAACAGAACCGAUAGGUAG